GCCGCCAGAUGAUCUGUCGUCUUCCAGUCGCGCUCAGCACGGAGGGACUUUAUCCAUCUGAGAAAAGCGAUGGUCUUCAAACCAAAACUAAGCUGCGUUAUGCUCCACGAUUGUUCUCGGUGUCGGCGAAGAGUUCAGCCGAGGAUACGCUAUGCAGCCGCUUAAUGCUGAAGUAACACAAAGAACAAGCAAAUGAAAAGUGGAGAGAUUGCGCGAAACGAGCAUGCUCUUUUUCAGAAGGGAUAACAUUCGACGUUAACUUUUUAGGACCAACUGAAGAUUUUUAAUCAUGCCUGUGCGAAGAGGUCACGUCGCGCCACAGAAUACAUUUCUGGGAAUAAUAAUACGGAAAUUCGAGGGGCAGAACAAGAAGUUCAUCAUAGCGAACGCACGUGUGCAAAACUGUGCGAUCAUCUACUGUAACGAUGGGUUCUGUGAGAUGACGGGCUUCUCCCGGCCAGACGUCAUGCAGAAGCCUUGCACAUGCGACUUCCUCCAUGGCGAGGGGACCAAGAGGCAGGCUGUUGCCCAGGUUGCGCAGGCUCUGCUGGGCUCGGAGGAACGCAAGGUGGAGAUCGCAUACCAUCGCAAAGACGGUUCAGAGUUCCUCUGCAAUACGCACAUUAUCCCGGUGAAGAACGAGGAGGGUGUGGUGAUGAUGUUCAUCCUCAACUUUGACUACGUGCUAGACGAAGGCAGCAGCGAUUCGCUGGAGAGACUCAACCUCACCCCUCCUGCCCAAUCAGAAUACAAAAAAGGGCGAUUCUUCAGGUUCCGUCUGCCUUCACUCAACCUGCUGGGUUCCAGCAAGCAGUCCCUCCCCCAGGAGGACCCAGACACGGUGAUGGUGGGCUCGCCGAGGCACAGCGACGACUCCAUGGCCCUGAGGGACUUCAGCUCUCCCGCCAAGGGCAGCUGCAGCCCGGCAGACGCCAACGACACGCGUGCCCUGAUCCGCUGUAGUCCCCACUCCUCCCCCGCCAGCGUGUCGGGGCCCCUCAACCACUCGUCCCCGAAGCCGGCGUGGGAGCACCGCAGUGCGUCCCAGGCCCAGUUCACAACCUGCCUCGCUCAGUCCAUCUCCAGAGACAGCGUGUACAGCAGGAGACGAGCCUCGUCCGUCCACGACAUCGAAGGCCUCAGCGCCAACUCCAAACGCCUGUUCAGGGAUAGACACUCCAGCGAAGACCAUGGCCGCAGUCAAAAAGGUCCUUUUGACCAUCUGAAAUCCAGCUUGCUGGGCUCCACCUCAGACUCCAAUCUGAACAAGUACAGCACCAUUAAUAAGAUCCCUCUCCUCGCACUCAACUUCUCCGAGACCAACAACGACAAAAAAGCGCCUUCGUCUCCCGCCUCUGAAAAGACCAUCAUUGCUCCGAAGGUUAAAGACCGCACGCACAACGUCACUGAAAAGGUCACACAGGUACUGUCACUGGGUGCAGACGUGUUACCGGAGUACAAGCUCCAGGCUCCGCGCAUGGACAAGUUCACCAUCCUCCACUACAGCCCUUUCAAGGCCGUGUGGGACUGGCUCAUCCUACUGCUGGUCAUCUACACGGCCAUCUUCACACCCUACUCUGCCGCCUUCCUGCUCAACGACCGUGAGGAGCAGAAACGGAGGCUGUGCGGCUACUCCUGCAGCCCGCUCAACGUCGUCGACCUGAUGGUGGACAUCAUGUUCAUCAUCGACAUCCUCAUCAACUUCCGCACCACGUACGUCAACUGCAACGAGGAAGUGGUGAGCCAUCCCGGGAAGAUCGCCGUACACUACUUCAAGGGCUGGUUCCUCAUAGACAUGGUGGCGGCUAUCCCAUUCGACCUGCUCAUCUUUGGCUCGGGCUCGGAUGAAACAACCACACUGAUUGGCCUGUUGAAGACAGCCCGGCUUCUGCGAUUGGUCCGCGUGGCACGGAAGCUGGACCGGUACUCUGAGUAUGGUGCGGCGGUGCUCAUGCUUCUCAUGUGUAUCUUCGCACUUAUUGCUCAUUGGCUGGCCUGCAUCUGGUACGCCAUUGGCAACGUGGAAAAGCCUUACCUGGAGCACAAGAUCGGCUGGCUGGACAAUCUUGGCGUGUCUAUCGGGAAGCGAUACAACUACAGUGACCCCAGUUCAGGACCAUCCAUUAAGGACAAAUACGUCACGGCACUGUACUUCACCUUCAGCAGCCUGACAAGUGUAGGAUUCGGCAACGUCUCACCAAACACCAACUCGGAGAAGAUAUUUUCCAUCUGCGUAAUGCUCAUCGGAUCCCUGAUGUAUGCCAGCAUCUUUGGGAAUGUGUCGGCCAUCAUCCAGAGGCUGUACUCGGGCACGGCGCGCUACCACAUGCAGAUGCUCCGGGUGAAAGAAUUCAUCCGCUUCCACCAGAUCCCCAAUCCCCUGCGCCAGCGGCUGGAGGAGUACUUUCAGCACUCCUGGACCUACACCAAUGGCAUCGACAUGAACAUGGUUUUAAAGGGCUUCCCUGAGUGCUUGCAGGCCGAUAUAUGCCUGCACCUGAACCAGAGCCUCCUGCAGGGCUGUAAGGCUUUCCGCGGGGCCACUAAGGGCUGCCUGCGUGCCCUGGCCAUGCGCUUUAAGACCACCCACGCUCCCCCGGGAGACACGCUCGUGCACUGCGGAGACGUGCUCACUGCUCUCUACUUCCUUUCCCGAGGUUCCAUCGAGAUCCUGAAGGACGAUGCUGUGGUGGCCAUCCUGGGAAAGAAUGAUAUCUUCGGAGAGAUGAUCCACUUGUAUGCGAAGCCUGGCAAGUCCAACGCCGACGUGCGCGCCCUGAGUUACUGUGACCUGCACACCAUCAACCGAGAAGAGCUGCUGGAGGUGCUGGAUAUGUACCCAGAGUUCUCUGACCACUUUCUCACCAACCUGGAGCUCACCUUUAACCUGAGAGACCAGAGUGCCAAGACCAGUUACACACAAGCCAGCGAUUCAGAUGGAGAAGACAAUAAGGGUAAGAGGAAGAACUCCCUAAAGCGCAAGACUUCCAAAGGGGGAAGCAGCAGAGACGUGGAGAACGAGAGCGGGAACGAGCGACGGGAAUCGCGCCUCAGCUCAAAGAGAGGCUCUGAAGAGCACCGGACAUCCAGGGAGGAGCAGCAGAGGAGUCUAGGUGCAGCAGUGAUGGGAUAUCCGUAUGUGGAGGGCUAUGCUCCGGCCCCUGGCUGCCAACUGUCCGUGGGGGACCUGAAGAAAGAGCCGUGUUAUGAGGACAUGCAGACUGCUGACUGGGAAAGCAUGAGGCUGAAAAACCCAACCGAAGACUCAGCUCAGACUCACAAGCUCAGAAGGGAGGAAGAGGAGGAGAUGGAUAGCGAUCUUACAUACGGAGAGGUGGAGCAGAGAUUGGCUCACCUACAGGAGCACCUGAACAGACUGGAGUCUCAGAUGACGUCCGAUAUCCAGACAAUCCUACAGCUGCUGCAGAGACAGGUGUCUGUGGGCCCGCCUGCCUACAGCAUGGUCGCAGCCAGCCAGGACUACCGGAAGCCUGCAGCCAGAGUGCAAUCUGGAGCUGCAGUUGGCACCAGCCAAACCCUCAGGCCACCCCCACAGACGCAGGAGCCUGCCCAUCUCCACGGCCCCCCAGCACCCCAGGCUGUUCUCUCCAACCAGCAGCAUUCCAAAUCACUUCUUCCGAUCCACCUCUACUCGCCUCCCAAGAUGCCCACGAGCAGCAGUACAGCCGUGGAUCUCCACAGGCCCCUGUCUGACCCUGCGCUGCCAAGAAGUAGCAUCAACUCCCAUCCGUGACAAUGGGAUUUGUCACUUCCAUAUCCUAGGGGCUGAGGGUUGCCUCUUUCAGGCUAAAGGAACCUAGAACAUUGGAUCAUACUUGUAGCUGCAGGGAGAAUACCAACGAGCUCUGAAUUCUAAGGCCCAUAACAGAAUACUGAAGGCUGGGUCUAUAAUGGGUCUAGAAUUAUAAAGGCUUUAUCCAUGGGGCUGAAUAUUUCGUUUGGUUUGUUAUGAAGGCUCCAUAGCUUCCCUCACGUGACCACUGGCCUCUUCUGCAGGUUUUGUUGCUUGCCUGGCCUGCUGCAGGCAGAUAAGCAGCAGACCUCAAGGACUCAGGGUCUGGUUUGUGACUGCAUCAUAAAUUGCCUAGUAUUGGGGGGUUCCAAUCUCUGCUCCAUCAUGCUUCAUCCUCCCAAUAUAAAUUCUACUGCUGUAUCCCCUCAGACCUGCCCAGCUUCUUGUACUGGAACCAUGUAGCAAUGGGGCCUUUUGCAAGGUCUAAGAUUCUUAAUAGCGUUACACUAUUCCAAGUGCUGUAAAAUUAUUUACUGUACGCGCAACAUUCCUGCAAGUGUCCGAGACAUUGUAGCCGUUUACCAUCUGGGUUUGCAGUUGCAUAGCCCUCUUAAAGAGAGUUUGGCAGUGAGAGUUCGCCAUAUGGGAGCAAAUGCAGCGACUAUGUUGACAUGCUUACAACACACUCCCGCAUUUCAGGUUGAGCCGCAUGAGGUGGGUCAUUGUUUGUAAGAAAGUGCAUGUCUGGAAGCAUUGCCUGUUGCAUGCUUACUGCAACAUACUAGAAAGCAAGUAUGAUUCUGGCAUGUUUAAUGUUCACAUUGUCCCUAACUUUAUUGGGUCACUUUUAAUUUGCACAUGAUUAUGCUAGCUAGAACCAAAUUAUGGGACUAUUCUGAUGACCAAAGCUUUGGUAUCAUACCAUCCAUUUUCAAAUGUAGCUCUGAAUAUGUAUGCAUAUUUCAAUGUUAUUUUAACAACUACUGUAAAACAAUUAUACCUGAUCUCUGAUUUAGUUUCCACAACAACAAAGUCACUUUGUUUUCCAAACCAACUUCUGGUCAGAAUAAUAAUGUCUGAAAUGUGGGACAUUUACAUAUAUUACCUUCCAUUGCAAAUUUUGGCAGCAAUAAACAACGAGGCUUAUAUAUUUCUUAUUUCACACAUUUGAAUUUGAAAGAUUUUAUGUGGAGUUUUGGCAGAAUUGUCAAAGACGUUUAAUGGGCUAAAAUGUCUCACAGUGCAUAUUCCUUAAUGUGUGGAGUAGCCCACAUUGCAGUUUAGUGUAAACCCUGUGAGGGAUUUUACAAAAGAAAUUGUGUUUUAGAAGAUUUUGCAUCUGCAGCAAAAUCUUCCUAUAUCAUUAUCUCUUGGUCCAACAGACAUUUAAAAAAACAGUGUGUGAGAGUUACAGCACUGAGCAAGGUUUUACACCCAUUCAAAACCACCAAAUCUAAGGCUGUUUCAUGACAUUUCGUAAUAUAUCAGACACCUGACAGUAUAUGAGUAACACAAGCAUUUUGACAAGCUAUCUCGUAAUACAUAGUUACUUGCUGGAUCAAGUGUCGUAAAGAAAAUAUUUCUUUUAAGCACCAAUAGAAGGGUAGCUUGUGUUUUUGGGAGGGAUAGCUUGCCUCUUUAAUCUUCUGACAUACAACUUCUUUUCAUCUGAGAAAAAUACAUAUACCACUGAACAUAAGCAAUUACCUACAGGCAAUGAAAAUGAGAGUGUGCGCCAGUUGAUAGAACAUAGAAAAUUGCAGACUUUUGCACAGAUUAUCCAAACUUGUACACAACACCCACUUUUUAACCAAGUGUGUUUGACAGGGUUUUUUUAAUUAUUUUUAUUUUAAUUUAUUUUUUACACAUUUUUAAGGUUACCACCAUAUAUUUUGUACACUGCAACACU